CUGUGUUGAGGUCCUCAGAAAGAGGAACCAAGUCUGUUGUCUCACCUCUCCCCAGCUGUGAUCAUGAGAUCAGGCAAACAGAGAGUUUUGGUUGAGCAUUUUUCAUUAGCAGGGAACUGUCAUUAUAGAUCAGUCACACAUGAUCAGUCGCUCUCUCUGACUAGCAUCAAUAUGCUUUCACCAGUGCUGCUCAUGGUGGCCUUGCUGACUGUCCUUACCGUCACCAUGGAAUCUGACCACUGGACAGCAGACCGGCAGGAAAAGUUCUGUACGUGGCAGUGUUUGAAGUUUACUCUGCAGUGGCCUGGGAGCUUCUGUUUGGGUCUAAAGAAUUCAUCACAGUGCAGAAUACCUCCAAACAUCCAGACAUGGACGAUCCAUGGACUGUGGCCUUCGAAAGCUCAUACAUGUUGUAGCUGCUGGCCAAUAUUCCACUCUGACCUCAAGGAGCUGGACCCUGAACUCUCUCAACUUUGGCCAUCCCUACUCAAGACUCAAUCCAGUUUUCUCUUCUGGAAAGAUGAAUGGAUCAAACAUGGCUCUUGUGCUGCUUGUGUGGAGGGCAUGAACUCUCCCUUGCGUUACUUCCAGAUAUGUCUGAAACUACGCGGGCGCUUCGAUAUUGACCGAGCCUUGGAGGACGCAGGAAUAAAGCCCUCCUGUAACCAGUCUUAUCCAUACGAUAAAGUCAACCAUGCUCUGGCCCCAGUCAUUGGAGAUGACCCUGAUGUCCUGAUUCAGUGUAUAAAUGAUGAAAAGGGACGAGAAGUAUUGGUCCAGGUGAAGAUCCCUCUGUCUCAAAACCUCACCCUUGGAUGUCAUCACAAAGAGGACCAGGGAGCUGAACCAGUACCUCCCCAGCUCUGGCACACCUUUCCUGGGCACCCCUGUCCACAGGACUCCCCUGUCUUCUACUUCCCUAUAAACCACGACCACCCACAUCAGCCAUGUGACUAGUGUUACGUCUGUCCUCACCACAGACGGGGCUGCCAUGCCUACUGGCUUAACCUAAUGAUAAGCAAGUUCUUGAAUUGCAGGGCUCACAUCUUAAGGCACUCAUGUAAUACGCAGGCACUUUAUGUCCUUUAAGUAUUUUUGUUUUGCAAACAGGCUUUUGGUGAGUCCAAAUCUACAUUUUGUUGGCAAAAUAAAAAUGUAUUUUAAAGCA